AUAAACAAAUAAUGUUAUUGGUGGUACCCUAAGUAGUCCUACUGAAAUAUGCAUAUAGGUUUACUGAAACUGGAUAAUGGGAAUGAAUUAACAAAUUUUUUUCAUGAUGUCUGGUAUAAACAAGUCUCCAGUGCCUGCCAACAUGCCAGGUGCAUUGAAGCACAAAUCCUCUUUUGGUGCAGUUUUAAAUGGAAAGAGAGCAGUGAUGAACUCUACAGAAAAGGUGACAAAAACAACGCCAAAAAUCUUUAAAUCCUUACAGAACAAUGAAAAGAAGGAAGAAGCUAGAUCAGAUAAACUCACAGAUCAAAUAAAGGAAGCUGAAGCUAAGUUUGACAAGUUGUUAGAAGGAUGUCUGGAUGAUUUACCUAGUUUACCACAUUCUACAGUUAGAAUAUUCAUGAGCUCAACAUUUUCUGAUAUGAGAUCUGAAAGAAAUGCCAUUGUCAGAGAUGUCAAUCCAUUGUUGAAGGAGUACUGUGCCAAAUAUGACCUUGACUUUCAGUUUGUAGACAUGCGCUGGGGUGUAACAGAAGAUAGCCAAAUUGACCAUUCUGUGGAGAAAAUUUGUUUGUUGGAAGUAGAAAAUUGUCAGAAGAUUUCUCUUGGUCCUAAUUUUAUUCUAUUGUCAGGUGACAGAUAUGGUUUUACACCAAUACCUACAGAAAUUGAGAAGGGAGAGUUUGACAUUAUAAAAAAGUUUGCAGAGAAAGAAGCAGAUGAUGCUACAUUACUGGAUAUUUGGUAUCGACUUGAUGAAAAUGCUAAACCACCAAAAUAUAUUCUACAGCCAAUAAGAUCCCAGUUUACAUUUUAUGGUGAUCACUCUGUAGGAUGUGAAGAACUGAAAGCUAAAGACACGCUUGGUUGGGAGAAAACUUUUAUGGUUCUACAAAAAAUUCUAAGACAAGCAGCAAUGCAGUGUAAUGCAGAACAACUCAGUGAAGAAAAGCUUCAUAAUUAUUUCAAAUCAGUUACUGAAUUAGAAGUAAAGAAAGGAAUUCUGACUGCUGAUAAACCUGAAAUACACACAAGUGUCUACCAAAGGAUACUGUUGGGGUUAGACAUUGAUACUGUUACAGAUAUCACAGCUGUAAAAAGAUAUUUUGAUACUAACAUGGAAAAUGGCAAGUUGAUAAUUAAUGAUCAAGUCAAGUUACUAAGAGAGAAAAUGGUUGCAGAAAAAGUUCCAUCGGCCUUAAAGAAAUCAAAAAGAAUUCAUCAAUAUAAUAUCCAUUGGUAUGAAGGAGGAGUUGAUCCUGAUAAACAUAAAGAUCAUUCUACAUACAUUGAACAACUUUGUGAUGAUCUUAUCCAGGAUGUUUCUGAACUUAUUGAUAAAGCCAGAGAAGACCAGAAAAAUGUAAUUAGAAGAUCAGAAUAUUACAUGGGCUAUCAUGAAGUACUUCAUCAUCUGCAUUUUUGUAAACUAAAAUGUGAGACUUUCUGUGGUAGAGUUGAUGUUUUACAGGAAGCAAAAGAAUAUAUUCUCAAGGACAAAUCCAGAAGGCCUCUUAUUUUGCAUGCUCCCUCAGGUGGUGGAAAAACUUGUGUUAUUGCCAAAAUUAUGAAAAAUUUACAAGUAUGGUUCAAGAAGGAGCCUUAUAUUGGAAUUAUUAGGUUUUUAGGCACAUCUCGUUUUAGUUUGAACAUAUAUGAUGUACUUUUUGGACUCUGCGGACAACUUGCUGACUGUGCUAAAAUAAUGAUGGAGCCAGUAGGGUACAAAAAUAUGAAGAAUAUGCUAGAAUAUAUGCCAAGAUUCUUACGUCGAGUAUCAAACAAAGUCAAAAAGCCAAUUGUCAUUCUCCUGGAUUCUCUUGAUCAGCUGUCUGCAAGAGAUGAUGCCUAUAUAUUAAAAUGGCUGCCAACAGUUCUACCAACAAACAUUAAGAUGAUUUUGUCAACAUUACCACAGGAACAUGAAAUUUUGAACACACUACAGUCAAUGUUUCCAGAUGAAACUAACUUCAUAGAACUCCCUAGACUACCAGAUAAUACAGGAUUUGAAAUGACUGAAAAAUAUCUAGCAAAAAAGAAGAGAGUUGUUACUCAGAAUCAGACGAACCAAAUCAUAAAUGCAUUUCGAAAGUGCAGAGGGCCUUUGUACCUAAAACUGAUCCUAGAUGAGGCUGUUAAUUGGAAUUCUUACACUCCAGAUGAUGCUUUAGUUUUGCAAGAUUCAGUUCAAGGAGCCAUAAAUCAGCUGUUUGACAACAUGGAAAAGAAAUUUGGGCAAGUUUUGAUAAGCCAUGCUCUAGGUUACAUUACAGUUGCCUACAAUGGAAUUUCUGAUAUUGAAUGGGAGGAUGUGUUAUCGUGUGAUGAUGAAGCACUGAAUGAUAUCUACCGCUAUCAUAAUCCGCCAGUCCCUGGCAUUGUACGAAUGCCACCUGUACUUAUAGCAAGGAUAAGAUAUGAUCUCAGAGAAUAUAUUGUUGAGAGAAGAUCAUUUGGGAAAACAACACUGAAUUGGUAUCAUAGGCAGUUCUUUGAGACAGCUCAUGGAAGAUAUGCAACUGGAAGUGCAGGUAAAAAAUUACACAAGGUUUUGGCAGAAUAUUAUCUUGCCAAUGAUGGUAUUCAAAGGGACAUAACUCUUCACAGAAGAAAUUUGACUGUGGAGAACGCAGACAGACAAGUCACAAAACAACCACUUGUUGUAAGGAAUGAAAGAAAACUAAUGGCUGUACCUUAUCACAUUACCCAUGCAGGAGAUCAGAUAGAUUCUUCAAUUGCCAAGUCAGAAUGCUUUUGUAAUUUGAAAUUCUUAACGAUGAGAAUGCAAGCGCUGCCAUUAUCAACCUUGGUGGAUGACAUGACAGAAUAUUUGGACAAAAAUGAUGAUGAAGAGGUGGCAUUCUUAAGAAAUUACUUCCUCGUCUCAAAAUCAGAAAACUUAUAUGGAAUCAACUUUGCCUUAAAUCUACUUUCAAGGUUAUACAUUGAUCAGAAUCAAAAAUAUCUUCAGGAAUUACUUCAACAAGCAAAAGAUACAGUGUACAGCAGUAAAUCUCCACUACUAAUCCCUGUAUUUCCAUGUUUGGCUCCAAGGAAAGACCCUUCAUCGGCUCUAUUGAAGACCUAUAAUGAUAUAAAUAAUAUCAUUUCCAAUGGAACAGAAUCAGUUUUGAUGACAAACUCUAGAGGUAAAGAUUCAGAAGGAACAAAUUAUUCAAUUUAUGAUGCAAUCAAUAAUGAAAUUUACCAAUUGGAUCAAAACAAAAAUUUCAAACCCAUAAUGCUACCUAUACUAGAUAAGUCACAGAAGAGAGUAAUCCAGUUAGGAAAAGAUAGUUUACAGACUUUCCAUUUACACAAUCAGGUGUCAAACAAGUAUAUGUUUUCUAAAGUUAGUAAAGAUAUUGGGACCAAGAAAUGUUAUCCCAUGAUGGGUUGUCUCAGUACUGAUUCCCUACACCUGACAGUUCUAUUUAGCAAUGGUGAUGUGCUAACACUUGACACAAACAGUUUUAAAAAGGUUGACUUGAUCACUUUGGGUGAAAAACCAGAUAAAAUUUCUAACAUCAUAACUACAAAUGAAGAGAAUUUAAAGGUUAUCUUGACUAUAAGUGGAGGAGAGAAGGGAAAGAAUACCAGUAGUUGUGUCCAAAUUCAUGCUAUUGGAAGUACAGACAAUGGAAAGAUGGUCAACACUAAACAUACUUUCACUAAAGGCCUUGCAGCAGUUGGAUUUAAUGAAAGUCUGCUUGUUGGAAGUAGUAAUAGAGAAAUUGGAGGAACUUUGACAGUAAUAAACCUAGAUGAUGCCAUAAUAGCUAUCAAUAAGGAUCUUUCUUCCAAAAUACUGGAAUUAUCAGUGGCACAUUCCCAUGCACUGGCUGCCAUUUGGAUGGAACAAGGCUUUGUAGCUGUGUACAACAUUUCUAAUGGGGAGGUUGUCCAAAAAUUGAAUGUAAUAAAUACUAUAACCAGCUUUGGAGUGAGUUGGAUAAAUGAUUUAGUCUUCAUAGGUGACAACCAAGGGCAGAUGAAUAUGUACAAAUCUCAGACAGGGAAACAUUUUGGAAAUUUCAGAGCUGAUAGUAAUGAAAUCAUCAAAGUUGCAGUACUUGAAGAUCAAGUUGUAACAGUGAGCCAGGAGAAUACAGCAAAAGUUUGGGAGUUGACAACAUUACUUAAUGCUAAUCUCAACAAGUUAUCCAUUGUAGAAGUCAGUACAGAGGGAUCUGAGUUGUUGGCACAGAAAGGUAUUGUUGGUUUUGAUGUUGACCUUAAAGGACACUGCAUCAUAACUGCUUCAGAAGACAGAAAUAUGAGGAUCUGGUCCGUAGAUAAUGUAGAACUACAAAAUAAAAUUUACAUUGCAAUCACUGGUCACAAAGUAUCAGCAACUAUAAACUCAAUGUGUAUUGUGUUGGAUAGAAUUACCAAGACUCUGAAAAUAGUGGACUUUAAAAAUGGAGUAGAAAAAAUGGUCACACACAAUGUGUUAGAUUUUUGCCAAGGAAAAGAUUGUAGGGCAUUGUAUCUAGUGAAAUCUGGGGAAAACAACCAAUUUAUAGAAAUCAUUGAUGUAGGACUUCUUAAAAUAAAAAAAUCAUUCCUGUUGAAACAAAAUAUAACUACAGACAGAAUUGAUCUCACGAUGAAUGAUUCUGAACGUUUUUUAGUGUUAAGGGUGAAAAUUACAGAGAAAGAAUAUGCAGAAAUUCUAGCAGCAUGGCAAAAACAAAGUUGGCGCAGCGCUGGGUUUAUGCCUGAAUCUCAUAAACAUAGGUUUUAUGCUGUUGAUCUACCGCAAGCUACAGGAGGUUUAAUGCCAUGUAACAGAGUAUUGACCAAGAUGCCACACCUAGGACAGAUUAUUCGGCCAUAUAAAGGCAAUGUAAUGAUGAUCACUACACGUCGCUUUGUUUGUUUCUGGGAUAUUCCUACUGGCAAGUGCGACUAUAGAAUUAUCAGAAAAGAAAAGCUUGGAUUUUUGUAUCAGCCAAAACAUUUGGAUGAACCUCCCUAUAUAUUAAAUAUGGAAUGUAGCCAAGAUGGUCUUUAUGUUGCAGGUGGUUCUGAGGAGGGAUACAUGAUUAUAUGGGAAACCAAAACAGGUCUGCCUGCAGGAGGAAAUGAACCUAAGAAAAGGCAUUCAGCUUCGGUGGUUCAUAUCACAAUUUCCCCAGAUAGUAGAUGGGUUGUGUCCAGCUGCCUAAACAACAGACUAAAACUUUGGGACAUCACUACAGGAACAGACGUAGCCAGUCUGAAGAUUCCCUCUGAUGUCCAACAGAUGAAGUUUACAGCUGAUUCUAAACACCUUAUUAUUAAUACAGGGUUUCGUAAUACUAGGAUGUUAGUGUACAGACUUCAUACUGGCGAACCAUGACUCUUAACACCUCAUUAUCAAUACAGGGUUUCGUAAAACUAGGAUGUUAGUGUACAGAUUUCAUACUGGCGAACCAUGACUCUAAACACCUUGUUAUCAAUACAGGAUUUCGUAAUACUAGGAUUUUAUUAUACAGACUUCAUACUGGUGAACCAUGACUCUUAACACCUCAUUAUCAAUACAGGGUUUCGUAAUACUAGGAUGUUAGUGUACAGACUUCAUACUGGCCAACCAUGACUCUUAACACCUUGAUAUCAAUACAGGGUUUCGUAAUACUAGGAUGUUAGUGUACAGACUUCAUACUGGCGAACCAUGACUCUUAACACCUCGUUAUCAAUACAGGGUUUCGUAAUACUAGGAUGUUAGUGUACAGACUUCAUACUGGCGAACCAUGACUCUUAACACUUUGUUAUCAAUACAGGGUUUUGUAAUACUGCGAUGUUAGUGUACAGACUUCAUACUUGAGAACCAUGACUGACUUAACACCUCGUUAUCAAUACAGGGUUUCGUUAUACUAGGAUCUUAGUGUACAUACUUCAUACUGGCAAACCAUGACUCUUAACAACUCGUUGUCAAUACAGGGUUUCGUAAUACUAGGAUGUUAGUGUACAGAUUCAUAAUGGCCAACCAUGACAAUUAAAUAUUACUUAUAUGAUAAUGAUCUAUUGUCAAUGAAAUUGAUUUCAUUUAUACAACCUAGAAUAUCAAUAAUUUUGUGAUACACCAAAUUUGAUAUAUUUAUUUUUUAGAGAGACAUCAAGGAGUUUUGCAAUUCAACAGUACAAAAUUUUAAACUUGGCUUAACUUACAAAAAUGUAUAUAUUAUAUUUGAUUGGUUGAUAAGUUUUUGUUUUUUGCUUAAAAAGUUUACAAACUUUUCCACUACCACACAUUACAGUCGAACCUCGUUGUGUCGAACUUGGUUGUGUCAAAAACUCGGAUGAGUCGAAGUAAUUUCUUGGUCCCGGUUAAAUUUCCGUUUGAUCAAUGCAUAAUAACCUCUGAUGAGUCGAACUCGGUUGAUUCGUAUACUCAGUUAAGUCGAGUAAAUUUUAUAGUCCCGUCGAUGUAAAAUUAAUGUAAAUUAACCCCGAUGUCACGAAGUUCGUACGUAAGAAUUUUCGAAAGAUGUAGACCUAAUGAAAAAAAUUCAAAUCGGAUGUAUUUCUUAUGUAACCUCAUCAUUUUCAAAAGAGAUUAAAGCUAAGACAAUUAUGAUAAAUUCAUAUUGAUUUAAUGUAAAGCAGAUGACCUCAUCAUAGACUGUUCAGAACUUAUUUUGUUCCGCGAGUGAUUUCAUAAUUUAUAGUGACUGAUCUUUGUAUAUAUUAGUGUAUACUAUUGAUUUUAUUUGUGAAGAUUUGUAUCUGUACUUGUGUGUUUAAUUAUUAUGAAGGACCAAAAUAUAUGGAGAUUGAAUACACAUAAUCAUAAAGUAUCAUAUCAAAGUAUCUAGUUACACAAUCUCAUACUGUAUUUCAUGUAUUCCAAAUUCAUGACGACACACUCGACCUCGGAUGAGUCGAACCUUGGAUAAGUCAAAUACUCUUGUCCGGUUCCUUUAACUUCGACAUAAUGAAGUUCGACUGUAUAUGAUACAACAGGGUUCAACAGUAAUCAUUACAAGUAGCUCAUGUUUGAUACUUUUAUUUAAUUUUUUUCGUUUAAUAUCUUCAUAGUUCACAUCCUAUAGAAUACAAUUUAUUUAUAUAUCACUUUAAUGGCUCUACAGCACGUGGACAAAAAUCAUUCCCUUUCAAUAUUUUCCCUUUUAUUCUAUAAAAAGUUGUAAAUUUUCCAAAAAAAAACUAUGAACUCAUUUGGUAACCAAUUUCAUGAAAUUUUCAUCAUGUAACUCAGAACCAUAUGUGCUGCUUUCUAUAUAUUUAUUAUCUGUUAUUUCAUGUCAUGUAAGAAUUAGUCAAUGAAAGUAUCCACCUCAUACAUUUGUAUAUUAUUUACAAUGUAUAAACAUUGCAAAUAACAUAAUAUAAGCAACCUUACUCAUUUCAUUUAUAAUUUGUUGGACUUAAUUAAUGAGUUAAUCAUAAUCAAUUCAAUAGAAAAUAUUUACAAAAUUAAUGAGCUAAAACUCCUAGAUUUUUUUAUAUUUUGAUAAAAGUUAUUGAAAUCACCAAGAUUUUGAAUAUUAUAAUGUUCAGUUCUUUCAGAAAUUUGUCCUUAGCGAAAUUUAACUUUCCUGUUUUUUUUCAAUGCACAUCAGAAACAAGCAAUAGUAUGUAUAUAUAACACUGUGUUCAGUUUGUGAAUGGUUUUGUCCCCCACAUAACACAUUUUGGUAAACAUGAAAAACCAGGUGUCUGUCCUUAAAGGUUUAUAUCAGCAGUCUGUAAGACAAGUUCAAAAAUCAUUUCUGCUGAAUUAUUUUGUCAGGAGUUUUUUCCCUUAGAAAUGUAAAUUCUAUAAAAAAAAAAUUGCAUUGUAAGCAUUCUCACGUGUACAGUUCUUGCCAGAUGUUUAUGAAAUUUAUACCAAUAGUUUAUAUCAGCAAUGUCUCAGACAUAUCGAAAAUAAGUGUUGAUCAAUUAUAAAAUCAAAGAAUUCAUAUAUUGCAUGCAUUGUAAAUUAUUUCAUCAUAUUUGAUACUGCAAGAAUACUCACAUUGUUCUGCCAAAAUUAUAUUCCUUAUUUUACAUCUAUCAACAUUUUAUCCAUGUAUUGCAUUAGGAACCAUCUUUUAACUUUUGGAUAAAAAAUCAAAGAAUAAGUUGAUAAUUUUAAGAAGUUUGCAUGUUUUAAAAAGAUUGUUCAUAUUAGGAAUGAAUCCUUAGCUAGGAUAAUUUACUGUUACAGAGGCGGAUUUAAGGGGGGGCCUCUUAUGCAGUCAAUGGGCCCCCUCUUAUGAAAGUUUCUGGAUCCGCUACUGUGUUAUAUAUAUUUGCAUUGAAAAUUCAUCAUUGUUCCAUAUUUUAAUGCUAGUGAGAUUGAGUUGCAACUUCUGGCAAAAGGAAAUUCCGACACUUGAGUUCUACUUGCAGAAACUGUAGAUAAGGUAGAAUGCCUGCCCGUAGAAAGUAAACUUACAACCUGAUAAGGAUGUUUGUUGCAUUGAGAGUAAAGUACCUGGUACUUUCAAUGCAUUUUGAUUGUAUUCAGAUUUUUUUCUGCAAAGUUUUUCUUUGAAACGUGUGAUAAUGUAAUUAUUCAAUUUAAAUAAUUACAUGUGGUAUUAUCUUAAAAUUCAGUAUUUAAUUUCUACUAUUACCUUGGUCAUGCUGAGUUUUAGUUUGUAGAAUAAAAUUAGAUUUUAACAAAAAUAAAUUGUUUUAACUACAUUUGUGAUCAUUGGUAGUAACCAACUUGUUUAAAAAAAAAUUCUGAUAAAUGUCUGACUGAAUAAAAAAUUAUAUAAAUUUUUUUCCGAAAUAGAAAUAGAAAUGUGAUCUUCAUCAUUAGAUGUAUAACUAUAUAAACUCUAGGUUAUAGAAUUCAGAAUAAAAAAGUCACAUUUCCAACUUGCUCCUAAUUUUCAUUCAGUUGUUUAUAACCAGGUUUAAUCCACCAUUUUCUACAUAAGGAAAUGCCUGUACCAAGUCAGGAAUAUGACAGUUAUUUUCCAUCAGUUUGAUGUGUUUGAGCUUUUGAUUUUGCCAUUUGAUAACAGACUUUUCAUUUUGAAUUUUCCUUGGAGUUGGUAUUUUUGUUAUUUUACUUUUUACAAGACAUUUUCAUAAAACUGAACAAUCAUAAGUAGCAAGUGCAGAUCUAGAGAACCAAUUUUAAUCAUCUUGUGCAAGCUGGAUUUAUUUUUAAAUUAAGGUUUAAAGUAUAUUUUCUACCAAAUCUGCACACUUAACCCUUUUAACUGUUGGAAUUUUCUUAGUUCUAAAGCUCUAAAGUUAAAGCUCUAGUUCCAAUAGGAGUAUGCAACACUCUAAGAUGAGUUGGAGUUGAGGCAAUGGUUUAAAUUUAUUGUAAAUCACUAGUAAUACUUAAAUACUCAUCAUUACUGAUAUAUACCUUUGAUAUUAAUUAGUUACAAUGACUGAAUCAAUGGAAAAUGAACAUGAACAUUUAUUGGGUUUUAAAAGAUUUUAUUUUUAAUUCAGAUUUUAGGUUUAUUAGGGUCUUAGUAUUCUUGUAUUCUAGGCAAAGCCUAGAUUUUUUUUUAUAAAAUAUUAAUGUAUAAUUUAUUGUGAUACAGACAUUUACCUAAUAUAUUAUCUAAAACAAUCUCAAAUCAUAGAGUUUAUAAUAUAACUAAUAUAACCUCCUUGCUUAAAGUAAGCAAGACAAAAAUGUUGCUAGCAUCUAGUGCAUAUAGUCUCUUGUGGGCAGAUUAGCAAUCAUACCACAUCUUAUUUUUAUAAAAGAAACUUACCAACUACCUCCAUCAAAUUUAACCUUUUUUUAUCACACUGUUAUGAUAUAUUUUAUUUCCAUUAAAAUACUUAUUAAUUUA